UCCGGGCGCGGCUGUCUGCAAGAUUUCCGGGCUCUCUCUCUGCCGCAAAGCGGCACCCAUCUAGAUUUGGCGCCACCUGCUCCACCUCGGCCACCCCUGCAUGCCCGGCUCCCCCGUCUCCGCACCACGGCGCAGUCCUCCACUUCUGGCCUGUAUUAUCAUCCCUUGCGCAGCAGCAUCAACCGCCGCAAACCAACACCACGUAUGCGUCAUGGCCUGCACUCCAGCCGAUGGGCGCACAAGUGGGCAGACGGUCGCAGGCCCCGCCAAAGCCCGCCAAAGCCUCCCCAUUAUCGUCCUCAUCCCACGUCCCCACACGCAGUGUACCUCGGCCCCCUCCCUUUACCCAAUGGGUAAACAUUUCACGCCGCCCCCAGGCAGACAAAACGACGAAAAAAUGCAGAGCAAAGCCGAAAGCCAAGAGCGGCGCAGUCCGCGUGCCGCGCCAGCUGGGCACUCCUCUCGCUCCCCUCCUGUUGCGGACAAUAGCCCGCCGACCCAUAGGCACACAGACGCACGUUCUAGAAUUGCUGGCCCGAUGCAGACUGCUCUAAACAGCUGCUGCCCGCAUUGCGGAGAAUCGUGGGGCGCCCCGCGCCUGAGCCGUGCUCGCAUUUGGCACUCCGAGGCUGCCGCCUGCUCCGACCGGGCUGCAUUCGGGUAGGCAAGCAGACAUGGAGAGGUUAGCCGUGCCUUGGGUUUCUGGAACGCGUGUGAUCAGCAUCUCUUGCAGCAAGUGGGCAAAGCGGUCUCCAGCCACUCGUACACUGCUAGGGCUGGUGGUGCUACUCGAAGAUAGAUUGAGAUUAAGCGUUAAGCGUCGUAAAUACUGUAAAAAUUAAAUAGCUGUGGUGAAGCAAUAAAAAGAUCUAAAAAGGAAAAACUGAAUGGGUGCUGCUGGUACAGAUUUACACCACCUCAGUAGUGUGCCAUGUUGCACUUCUCUAAAUGGCGUUGGAAUCUGUAGCUUCGGUCAAAACGCCUGU